CAUCUUCCUUCUGCUGAUUUUUCAGAUUUCGCAUUACACAUAUACGUACUUGAUGGCAGCAAAUUCAUAUGAGACAGAGCACCCAGUGAAGGCUUUUGGAUGGGCAGCUAGGGACACCUCUGGACUUCUCUCUCCUUUCAACUUCUCCAGAAGGGCAACUGGGGAGAAGGAUGUGCAGUUCAAGGUCAUGUACUGUGGAAUAUGCCACUCUGAUCUACACAAGCUUAAGAAUGAAUGGGGUAACACUAAAUAUCCCAUUGUUCCAGGGCAUGAGAUUGUUGGUGUGGUGACUGAGGUUGGGAGCAAGGUGAUGAACUUCAAGGCUGGAGACACUGUGGGGGUAGGGUGUCUGGUUGGAUCCUGUCGCAAAUGCGAGAACUGUGAAAGUGAUCUCGAAAACUUUUGCAGGGGGGUUAUAUAUACUUAUAAUUCUCAAGUAACCCCCACCUACGGUGGUUACUCCGACAUCAUGGUCGCUGACGAGCAUUUUAUUCUCAAAUGGCCCGAAAAUCUGCCGAUGGAGGCUGCUCCUCUGCUCUGUGCUGGGAUCACAACUUAUAGCCCAUUGAAAUACUUCGGACUCGACAAGCCAGGAAUGCACAUCGGAGUUGUUGGUCUAGGUGGUCUUGGCCAUAUGGCUGUUAAGUAUGCUAAGGCUUUUGGAUCCACCGUGACUGUGAUUAGCACCUCUGCUAGUAAAAAGAAAGAGGCUGUUGAACAUCUUGGCUCGGACUCAUUCUUGAUCAGCCGUAACCCAGAAGAAAUGCAGGCAGCUGUAAACACAUUGGAUGGCAUAAUAGACACCGUUUCAGCGGUUCACCCUGUUUUGCCACUGCUCAGUUUAUUGAAAACUAAUGGAAAGAUUGUAUUGGUUGGAGUCCCCGAAAAACCACUUGAACUCCCAGCUUUUCCUUUGCUCAUGGGUCGGAAGCUAGUGGCUGGAAGUAACAUUGGUGGAAUAAAGGAGACGCAAGAAAUGCUAGACUUUUCAGCAAAGCACAGCAUAACACCAGAUGUGGAAGUUGUCUCAAUGAAUUAUGUUAACACUGCCUUAGAACGUCUCCUCAGAGGGGACGUGAAAUACAGAUUUGUGCUUGAUGUUGGCAAAACAUUGAAAUCAGACUGAAUAUUUAUGGAAGAACGUUCUGUUCAAUUUUAUUUAGUAGCAAUAAGAGUAGACAGCAGACAGUGACUUUCUUUGGAUAGAGAGUACUGUCACUUUGAGAUUUCACAAGGCGUUUGUUGUGUUUUAUGUAAUGAGCAUGCAGCAUUUUGUGUUGUAUACUUGUAUUCAUGUCAUUUUGAUCGGGGCCAUGCUUGACUUAUACACUCCAUAGUCAUUAGUCCAUUCAACCCAA